UUGCGCGCGGUCUGUCAAAAAAUAUCUGCCACAUAAAUGUAUUCAGCUAACGCUUCAGCUACUGAUGUUAAUGACUACAUAGCUUUCAGUUAAUGGCUGGAGGAAAAUUGUCAAUGGACAAGUCGGUAUGUUGUAUGCAGCCUUCCUUCUGUUAGCGGAAACUCAAGCGUUAAGUUAUUAUACGUGACAGUCCUUAAAUUGGAUUAGCGCUAAGUAAAUCCAUCAGUGAAUGGUAGUUUAGCAAACUUGCUAGCUAGUUAGCUAAACGGACUAUUGAGAGUGAAAAUACAACGCAAACUUUAGCGUUGCGUACAGACAUUUAUUUGGACAAAGGGAUGACAUUUGCACCCAUGUGUUACAGUAAGCUACAUUAACUGUCCACCCAACGUGAGCUACGAAUGGUAAUGUAGAAAAGGUGUUUGCUAACGUCACAUACAGUACAAGGUUAACGUCGUUAGUAGGUUCAGGUCGGGCAGAAGUCAUUAACGUUAGGUCAAUAACAUGGAUAGUUAUAGUCAUCGGUUUGAAUCCACCACCGGACGAGACAGUAAAUCUCAGAAGAAGAAGGGUUCCUCCAACCACAACACAUGUCACGAUGAUGGAGACCGCAAACCCAAGUUUCACUUACCCUUUAGAAACAUCACAGAUGAUGUGCUGGACCGAUUCGCCAGUAUUCGAAUUCCGGGUAGUAAAAAGGAGCGGCCACCCUUAUCACUCUCAAAACACAAUACAAGUGAUUGGUCCAUUUCUUCAUCAUCCACCUCACAUCAGAUUGAGGAACUUUCAGCGAAGAUCACCUCAGAAAAAGAGAUCUUGGCUCUUUUUGAAAAGAUGAUGGAGGACAUGAACUUGAAUGAGGAAAAAAAGACUCCUUUGAGAGACAAGGACCUCAACACAAAGAGAGAAAUGGUCAUCCAGUAUGUUUUUACUGCUUCUAAAACUGGUAGCUUGAGAAGCAGCCAUCAAAUAUCUCCCCAGGAAUUCCUGGGAGAGUUGAAGUCAGGGGUGAUGGACGAACGUCUGUUUGCCUGUCUGGACUCAUUGCGAGUCUCCCUUACCAGCAACCCUGUCAGUUGGGUGCAGAGCUUCGGGCAUGAGGGUCUUGGACUACUUCUGGACAUUUUGGAAAGGUUGCUGUUAAAGAAAAAUCAAGAGAAGCUUGACAAAAAGAAUCAACAUAAAGUUGUCCAGUGUCUCAAAGCCAUCAUGAAUAAUAAGUAUGGCUUGGAUCGAAUCCUGGGGGAGGAGAAAAGUCUUGCGUUACUGGCAAGAGCCAUUGAUCCCACCCAGUCUGCCAUGAUGACUGACGUGGUUAAGCUGCUGUCAGCCAUCUGCAUUGUGGGCGAAGAGAACACUUUGGAAAAGGUCCUUGAAGCCAUCACCACAGCAGGGGAAUGGCGAGCCAUCGAGAGGUUCAGUCCCAUUGUGCAGGGACUACGAGAUCGCUCAGUUCAAUUACAAGUGGCAUGCAUGCAGCUCAUCAAUGCACUAGUAACAUCCCCUGAUGAGCUGGACUUCAGGCUGCACAUCAGAAAUGAAUUUAUGCGCUGUGGCCUGAAAGAGAUAUUGCCGCAACUGACAAGCAUCAGAAAUGAGGCCCUUGACAUUCAACUAAAGGUGUUUGAAGAACACAAAGAAGAGGACAUGAUGGAGUUCUCUCAUAGGCUGGAAGACAUCAAGAGUGAGCUGGAUGAUGUGGGGGACGUGUUCAGUAUUGUGCAGAGCAUGGUGAAGGACAGCAUUGCAGAGCCCUAUUUCCUCUCUAUAAUGCAGCACCUGAUGCUCAUACGCAAUGACUACAUGGUCAGGCCCCAGUACUUCAAGAUCAUUGAGGAGUGUGUUUCUCAAAUUGUGCUCCACCGUAGUGGCACCGACCCCGACUUCAGUUACCGCAAGCGCCUAGAUGUGGACUUCAGCCACUUGUUAGAGGUGUGUGUAGAUAAAGCUCGAACUGACGAGUAUGAACAAAGAGCUUCAGAACUGGCACAGAAGUUUGAUGAGGAGUUUCUAAGCAGACAAGAGGCACAAGCUCAGCUGGUGAAGUGUGAUGAAAAAAUAGCUGAACUUGAAGCAGAGCUGCAGGCCUUCAGGUCCCAGUUUGGAGCUGUACCAGUGGGUCUGUCCCCUGCCCAUGCUGGACUGGUAUCAUCUCCCUCAGCCUUACCGUCUGGCCCUCCACCGCCUGUUCCACCACCCGGGAUGCCAGCUCCCCCUCCUCCACCUCCUCCGCCUCCCUUACCUGGUUGUCCAGCCCCACCUCCCCCACCUGGAGUGCCUCCUCCUUUUGGUGCCCCCCCUCCUCCCCCUCUAGGGUUUGGGGGUGGUCUAGGCUCCCCCACCCACCAUCAGCUGCCUUAUGGCCUCAGGCCUAAGAAGGAAUUCAAGCCUGAGACCUCCAUGAAGCGCCUCAACUGGUCCAAGAUUCGACCCCAGGAAAUGUCAGAGAGCUGUUUCUGGGUGCAGGCUGAUGAGAACCAAUAUGCAAAACCAGAAUUACUCUGUAGAGUUGCUCUUACUUUUGGAUCACAAAGAACAGCCAAAAAAGAAGAGGAGGAUCUGGAGGAUAAGAAAUCCAUAAAGAAGAGAAUUAAAGAGCUCAAGGUGCUCGAUCCAAAGAUUGCACAGAAUCUAUCCAUCUUCCUGGGUUCAUUCCGUAUGCCUUAUCAGGAAAUUCGCCGGAUGGUUGUGGAGGUGGACGAGGAGCAACUCACUGAGCCUAUGAUCCAGAACCUUGUGAAGCACUUACCAGAACAGGAGCAGCUGAACGCCUUGGCCAAGUAUAAGAACGAGUAUGCCAAUUUGUCGGAGCCUGAGCAGUUUGGUGUAGUGAUGAGCAGUGUGAAGCGGCUGCGCCCUCGCCUCAGUCACAUCCUCUUCCGGCUCCAGUUUGAGGAGCAGGUAAACAACCUGCGUCCAGAUAUCCUGGCUGUAAACGCUGCUUGUGAUGAGGUCAGGAAGAGCCGAUCCUUUGGCCGCUUGCUGGAGCUGGUGCUGCUGCUGGGGAAUUACAUGAACGCAGGCUCUCGAAACGCCCAGUCGUAUGGCUUCGACCUCAGUUCCCUCUGCAAGCUAAAGGACACAAAAUCAGCGGAUCAAAAGUCCACAUUACUACAUUUCCUGGCGCAAGUAUGUGAGGAGGAAUUUCCAGAUGUGAUCAAGUUUGUUGAAGAUCUGGAGCACGUGGACCGAGCUAGCAGAGUGUCUGCAGAGAAUCUGGAAAAGAGCCUCAGGCAGAUGGAGAGGCAGCUGCUGCAGCUGGAGAGAGACCUGGAGACUUUCUCCUCCCCCGAUGACCCCAACGACAUGUUCCUCACUAAAAUGGCUAGCUUCAGUAAUGUUGCCAGGGAGCAGUAUGGCAAGCUGGUGAUAAUGCACAGCAAUAUGGAGACGCUUUAUCAGAACAUGCUGGAGUACUUUGCCGUGGAUCCCAAGAAGACCUCUGUGGAGGAGCUGUUCACUGACCUCAGCAACUUCCGUGCCAUGUUCACUCAAGCACUAAAGGAAAACCUGAGGCUGAGGGAGACAGAAGAGAAACAGAGGAGAGCACGGGCGGCGAAGGAGAAGGCUGAGCGUGAAAAGCAGGAGAGACAGCAGAAGAAGCGGAGGUUGCUGGAAGUUAAUGCAGAGAAUGAUGAGACAGGUGUGAUGGAUAGUUUGCUGGAAGCCCUACAGUCAGGAGCUGCAUUCAGAGACCGCAGGAAGCGAGCGCCAAGACCCAGAGAAAACCAGCAGAAGACGAUCAGCCCCAGCUCCUUCCGGCAGGUUCUCAAGCCUGUUAACCACGAAAACAACAAGGCACCUUUACAAUGGUCUCGCUCUCGGCAGAAUAUAAAUUUAAGUUCAGCGGUGGUGAAAGCUCCCCCUGCCAAGGAGGCCCAUAACGAGUCUGAGGGCCAUCCAUCUGCAGCCCGGGCCAAGGCUGCGGCAUGUUCAGAGCCGGGCCGCAGGUACAGGAACGCCCCAGGUCACAGCCACUGGCUGGACAGAGAGAGGGUGGUGGAGAGAGAGACUGUUAAGCCGACUGAGAAAGAGAUGGAGGUUGAAGCGAGGCCUCCAGCUUUCCAGCCGUCCUCUACUGGAGCUGCGGUCAGCAGCUGUAGCACCAACGGAGAGUCCGAUGUGGAGGCUCUUCUGGCCAAACUCAGGGCCCUGUGAGGUUCGUUUCACAUCAGACAGCGUGUUGGUACCCACACAUGUAAACACCCUCUGAAUGUUUUAAACUAGCAGAAAAUGUAGUUCCGACAAAAGAAUUGUAAAAAGCAGGGCCAAUAAAUGAAGUAUUAACAUCAAAUAACCAAACAAGGAUUAUAUUCAGGCUUUGUAGAAAAUACAUUUUUUAUAACUGCCAAUACACUCUAAGACCAUGAUUUUAAUGCUCAAUGGGGCAGACAUCAAUCCUUUUUGUAAAAUAAAAAAUCAGGCAGAAAUCAGGCCCCAAGUAAAUCCUUAGAUGUUACUUCAUGAAAUAGAGAAUAUAUUUACAAAAGUUGUGAUUUUUUGGAAACACUUAAACAUAAUGGUGUCAACUUCACAGUUCACAAGACAAAAUAUGCCCAAAUACAUUCAGCAGUGUCCAUGUGAUCCUUUAAAGUGCACUGCCAAAAGUGUUCGGCUAUCAUUUAUGUAUUCCUAACAAUGGGAACAUAUGUUAAAAGUUAAACAUAAAAUGUAGCUAAGCACUUUCUUUGUAAUCCAACGGUAUGCAAUGUUUAAUAAGAAUUAUGUCAUAUUUCUUUUCAUAUUGGCAUUUACUAUAGUUGCUUCUACUGUUGCAUUUAUUUUACAACUUAAUCAUUUUAUCUUUUCCUACUUGUUUAGUUUAUAUAUAGGUUAAUUGCAUAUGCAUGUUAAAAUGAAGACUUAAAUCUGCAUUCAUUACUUUAAGUUUUAAUUUUUUCCAUGUUUUUCUUUCUCUUUUUCUUUGACUCUUUUCUUUCUAUUGGCUGUAUUUUAUAUUCAAACCGUUGAUUUGAUUGUUUGUAUUUUCUAAAAAAAAAUAAAAUUUAAGAAAUAUCUACAUUCUAUAAAAUAUAUAUAUAUUUACACAGAUAAUCAGUACAUAUUAGUUAUGCAAUAUGAUUGUACUUUCACGGGUUAUAACAGUAAUUAGAUGCCAUUUGACAAUUUGAUUUUGGUUGUAGCAGGCUAUUUUGUGUCUGUCAUUGCGAGUGAGAACAUUUGUACACAUUAGGAAUAAGUCUACAGAACAGGAAGUCUGUCUGAGAGAGUCGACCAGAAUUGAUGCUUCUUUUCUUCUCCCACAUUCCUACAGAAACUACUCAUAUCUUAAGCAUAUUUGUUGUGUCUUUAUGCGUUCACUUUUAUAGACCCAUUUGCAAUAAAAUGAGAGAG